AUGCGGGGCCGGCUGCUGGCGCGGCUGAGGCGGCGGCGGCUGCUGCGGCUGCUGCUGGCCCUGGGCGCGCUGGCCCUGGGGCUCUGGGCCGCCUACCUGGAGCUGGUGGCCACGGCGGGCGGCGGGGCUGCCCCGGAGCGCAGAUACGAAAACUGGAGGGAGCUGGCUAAGGUUCUGUCAGACACCAGUGUCCCAGGUGGGGACCCAAGCCUUCAGUUUUACUAUCCACAGGAGCCAGGACACCAGAAGCAAGAGCUGCAAAGAGCUGGGAGGAAUAAAUCGAAUUAUGCGGCUGUGGACGACCCUGUCCCAUGGUUGCCAGAGUUCCAGGGCCAGGCUAAUCUGCACGUGUUCGAGGACUGGUGUGGCGGCUCCAUUGAGCAGCUCAGGAAAAACCUGCACUUCCCCCUCUUCCCUCACACACGAACUACACUGAAGAAGUUGGCUGUGUCCCCAAAAUGGACCAACUAUGGCCUCCGGAUAUUUGGCUACCUGCAUCCUUUCACCAAUGGGGAGUUUCAGUUUGCCAUUGCUGCGGAUGACAAUGCCGAGUUCUGGCUGAGCCCAGAUGAAAAGACCUCUGGUCUCCAGCUGCUGGCCAGUGUAGGCAAGACAGGGAAGGAGUGGACUGCACCGGGAGAGUUUGGGAAAUUUCACAGCCAGCAGUCAAAGAUGGUGAGGUUGUCAGCUGCAGGCAGGUACUAUUUUGAGGUGCUGCACAAGCAGGAUGACAGAGGAACAGACCACGUGGAAGUAGCAUGGAGACUGAAUGACCCAGAGGCAAAGUUCAGAGUGAUUGACUCCCAAUACCUCUCCCUUUUUGCUAACGAGACGCUUUUAAAGAUGGAUGAGGUCGGGCAUAUCCCGCAGACAUUGGCCAGUCACAGGAGCCGGCCUGCUGACAGCGCAGGCAGCAAGGCACACCCGGCUGACAUGUUGAAGCCUGACCCCCGGGACACUCUUUACGAAGUGCCUCUGCUCAGCAAGUCCCGUGUGCGCCGAGCCUUGCCCGACUGCCCCUACAAGCCCAGCUACCUGGUGAAUGGAUUUCCUCUGCAGCGCUACCAGGGGCUCCAGUUUGUUCAUUUAUCCUUUGUUUACCCAAAUGACUACAGCCGCCUGAGCCACAUGGAAAAAGAAAACAAAUGCUUCUAUCAGGAAAACCCUUAUUAUUUGGAAAGAUUCGGAUUCUACAAGUACAUGAAAAUGGAUCGGCCAGAGAAGAGCCUGGACUCUGGAGAAAAGACAGAGCAGCCAGGCUCCCAGGAGGGGAACCUGGAUGACCUGCAGUACGAGGAGCAGGACACGGAGAGUACCCGUCCCGCCGAACACCCUGGCACAGUGAAGGCAGAGCUGUUGGGCAACGCUCCCGGCAGCAUUUUGGGCAGGGACAAUAUCCACGAGGACUAUUCCUUCCGGGAGCGUCGUCGGCUCCUCUCAGUAAUGGGCAGUAACAUAGGAGAGGGGAUACAAAGGAGAAGGACAAAGAGGUCUGGUGUCAAAUCAGCCGUGCUGGCCUCUACUAACCAAAGCCUCAGCCAGGUUGGCCUGGAGGGGAACCCAGUAACAAAGAGACCCCGUUUAAAAGCUGGUGUCAAAGACAACUCCAGGAGCCCUCUGCAGCAUGCCAGGGCCAUCCAGGGGAGAGUGCCUGUCAGAAGGGCAAACCCUCCUUCUAGGACUGUGUCUCAAAGACAGCAGUCUUUUAGCCACCCAAGGGACUCAGGGGUCACAAUUCCCAAAGGGGUGAGACCUCGAGGAGAUCUCAGCACUGCCAAGGAUGGGCUGCAGCCAGCAGGCACCGUGCCAGCCAGAAAAGGAGGCCCAGUCUCUGGCAAAGCCAGCAGACGCUCUGUGAGCACUGCCAGCCCCAGCCAGCCCGGGCUGCCCCAGUGGCUGAACCAAGUGGAGUCCUACAUUGCUGAGCACAAGGCAGCCAAUGGUGGGGACAUGGACGAAAGAGAGGUACAGGUGCCAUCUCCUGUGAAGGGCAAGUCUGCACCUGUGGCAGCAGAAGACGAAGAGGAAGAGGCGGAUGGGGAGCCAGAGGAGGAAGAUGAGGAGGAUUUUGAUUACGUACCAGUGUUUGACCAGGCAGUGAACUGGGAGCAGACCUUCAGCGCGAGCAACCUGGACUUCCAUAUGCUGCGCACAGACUGGAUUGACCUGAAAUGCAACACAUCGGGAAACUUGCUGCUAAGAGAAAGGGAGGCCCUGGAAGUUACACGUGUCUUCCUGAAGAAGCUCAACCAGAGGAGUAAAGGGCGGUUCCAGCUGCAGCGUAUCGUGAACGUGGAGAAACGCCAGGACCGCAUGCGGGGCAGCCGCUACCUGCUGGAGCUGGAGCUGCUGGAGCAGGGAGGGCGGCUCGUCCGCUUCUCCGAGUACGUCUUUGCCCAGGGCUGGCAGGGCGUUGGUGGCAAUGAGGAGGAGGAGAGGAAGAUGAGGAGCAUGGUGUGGGGUCGCCGGCGGCACCUGAUGGCUGUGGCGAACGAGCCAGAGCUGUGCUGGCCUCAGGGCUUUUCCUGGAACCACCGUGCCAUGGUUCACUUCGUGGUGCCAGUGAAAAACCAGGCACGUUGGGUGCUGCAGUUCAUCUCUGACAUGGAAGAGCUGUUCCAAGUCACUAAGGAUCCCAACUUCAACAUCAUCAUCACAGACUACAGCAGCGAUGACAUGGAUGUAGAGAAGGCUCUGAAAAGGUCUACCUUGCACAGCUACCAGUACCUGAAGCUGACAGGGAAUUUCGAGCGUUCUGCUGGGCUGCAGGCGGGAAUAGACCUUGUGACGGACCCACACAGCAUCAUCUUCCUGUGUGACCUCCACAUCCACUUCCCAGCUGGAGUCAUUGAUUCAAUCAGGAAGCACUGUGUGGAAGGCAAGAUGGCCUUCGCACCCAUGGUCAUGAGGCUGCACUGCGGGAUGUCCCCACAGUGGCCUGAAGGCUACUGGGAGGUGAAUGGGUUUGGUCUCCUGGGCAUAUACAAGUCUGACCUGGACAAGAUUGGAGGCAUGAACACAAAAGAGUUUCGGGACCGCUGGGGAGGAGAGGACUGGGAACUCCUGGACAGGAUCUUACAGGCUGGGCUGGAAGUGGAGCGUCUCUCCCUGAGAAACUUUUUCCACUGGUUUCACUCAAAGCGGGGCAUGUGGAACCGACGCCAGCUGAAGACACUGUAGCCUUCAACCCCACAGCUGUUCGGCGGCACCGUCCACCAUCUCAUCUAGAUGUGCACUUUACUGAGGCACACAGCCGAG